CAGGCAGCACUUCUUUCGCUACCUUCUCUUUCUCCGUCUCUCUUUCUCUCUUUGAUCCUUUGGACUUGUUGUUUGAAGCUACUACUACGAUAGAAAAUGAGUACCUUGGAUGCAACUAGGGCAGAACUGGCUCUGUUAAUUUUGUAUUUGAACAAGGCUGAAGCGAGGGACAAGAUAUGCAGGGCUAUACAAUAUGGUGCCAAGUUUGUGAGUGCUGGACAACCUGGUCCUGCCCAGAAUGUAGACAAAACAACUAGCUUGGCACGGAAAGUUUUCCGUCUACUAAAGUUUGUCAAUGGCCUGCAUUCUCUGAUCAGUCCCACCCCAAAGGAGGCUCCUAUCCACCUAACUCUGUUAGGAAAGUCCAAGGAUGCAUUAGUUGCGAUGUUCUUGUUUCUUGAUCAAUUCGUUUGGCUUGGCAGAACAGGCAUUUACGAGAAUAAAGAACGCACGGAACUAAUUGCCCGGCUAUCCAUGUACUGUUGGCUUGGUUCCACGGUAUGCACCAGCUUGGUCGAGCUUGGGGAGCUUGGAAGACUUUCCGAAUCAAUGAAGAAGUUAGAGGCAGAACUCAAGAACAAGAAUAAAUAUGAAAAUGAGCAAUACCGUGCUAAACUUAAAAAGUCAAAUGAGAGGACUGUAGCACUUGUCAAAGCAGGCUUGGAUACUCUGGUAGCAAUUGGAUUGCUCCAAUUGGCACCAAACAAAAUCACUCCGAGAGUCACCGGAGCCUUUGGAUUUAUUACAUCUCUAAUAACUUGCUAUCAGUUGCUUCCUGCCCCAGUGAAGCCCAAAUCAACAUGAAGAUGGAAGAACACACACUCACACUCAGCUGUUUCAUUGUUGUUAAUAAUAGCUGUAUGAAUUUUGUUAGAAAAUGUUGGUGAGAAAAAUUGAAAAAAAAAUGCAAACUACUAACCUUUUUGUUAGAUGUCAUCAUAAUUGGUGCCAAUGUUGUCACAAUAAAGUGUUUUUCAUAGUAGAAGACAAUAAUCUCUGUUAUCCUAAUGCCUACAAAUUAAUUGGCAUGAGGACUUAGAUUGAUUUUUGGAUGGGGUUUCCAACAA